UGCCUGGUGCAGCACAUGUUUUCUGGGUCACUCCUCAGCCCUCAGAGGGCUUCAUCCACAUGAGCAACAGCGAGAGAGGGUGGGGGUGAGAGAGGAAAAGGUAUUUAUAGAAAAAUGGGGCUUCGCAGUACCUUUUCUUGCAGUGAACCAUUUCAGGACCAAGUGAGUUUGUCCCAGUUUCGUGCUCGCUGUUCAGCCAUAGGGUUUGGAGCGAGGCUGAGGCUGGCCAGCCUCGCCCAGGAUGGAGAGCCUGACUCUCAGACGCUCUGACCUCCAUCUGCUCUAGUCUUCACUGCUGGUUCUCUAAGAGCAGGGGAAGGUGCGAUCCUCAAACCCAACAAAUGUGAACUCUUAGAUUCCCUCCAUCUGUUCAUGUGGGCGGAGGCUUUUGGGGGUAGUGUGUUAGUUCAGGUGAGGAGCAGCACUGGGGUGUCCGAGGGGCACUCUUUGGCUGCGUCGACCCCCAGGCUGGGGGUGAAGAAAGGCUGGCUGGAACGUGCCCUGCAGCAAGCCGGGCAAGGAUGAGGCGAUUCCUGAGCAGAAAGGGCCGCUUCUCCCUGCGCCAAAGCAAGUCCGGGACCCGGAGUUCCUCUAAAGAUUUCUUCCUUGGCCUACCUGCCACGAACCAGAACUGGCCAGAUGCAUUUGGCUUCCGACUGGGAGGCACCGGGCCCAGCUACAUCCUGUCCGUGGUGGAGGGCAGCAGCGCCUACCUUGCCGGCUUGCAGCCAGGUGAUCAGGUGGUAGACAUUGAGGGCCAAGACGUGACCAACCUCAGCACACCAGCUUUGAUCGCUCUGGCUCAGACUCUGAAGACUGUACCGCCCAGCAUUGGAGUGGUGUCACGCACCCAACAGAUUGACAUCACCCCAGGCCCAGAUGGGCGUUUUGGCUUCACCAUCGUGGGAGACAGCCCUCUGAUGGUUGAGGAAAGCAUACCAGGAGGUCCUGCAGCACGCAGCGGCCUCAAAGUUAAUGACUACGUCCUGGAGGUCAACGGAAUCCCUGUGAAGCAUCACGAAACGGCAGCGGCCAUGAUCAAAGCGGCGCAGGGCCGACCUCUGCGUCUGGGCGUGCUCAGUAUGGCUCGCCGAAACAAGAGGCUGAGCAGCAGCAUGAGGGUUCUGUCUCAGAGCGGAGACAGCGUCAGGGACAGUCGGGCUCACAAGGCCAUGGAGUUCAAUAAGAAAGUGGAGGAGGUUCUCGGAGAGGAGCCAGAUGUGAAGGAGCAGCUGUUUGACGUGUUAAAGCAGUACGCCUCAGAGAGGGAUGUGGAGAGUCUGGCUGAAGCCCUGCCUGAUAUUUUGAUCACCGAAGAGCAUCAGCAGCUGAUCGACAGUGUCAGGAUCUUCAUUCCCAAGAAGCACCGGGAGCGUUUUGACGAGGUAGUUUCUCAGAGCUUGAUGAGCCGCCUGAAAGGGCGAAGCUUCAGCGACCCCAGCCGUAGCCGCCUUCGUCGCAGCCGAAGCGAGGACCACCCAGAGCGCCUGCUCGUCUCCACCCGUGCCAGCUCUGUGCCACGCACCCAAGCAGAGGAGGGCGUGGCCCCACCUGCCCGAGGCAUGCGCAAGACCACCUCCCUCAUUGCUGGCCACUCUGGUGGCACCACCAACUGCAGGACAGUUAGAGUUUGCAAAGGCAACAUGAGCUUUGGCUUCACUCUGAGAGGCCACGCACCGGUGUGGAUUGAUUCUGUGAUCCCUGGAAGCCCUGCAGAUAAGGCAGGUUUAAAACCAGGAGACCGGAUCCUGUUUCUCAAUGGACUGGACAUGCGAACCUCCUCACAUGAGAAAGUGGUGUCCAUGCUGCAAGGAAGUGGUGCGAUGCCCACCCUGGUGGUGGAGGAGGGCACGCCAACCUUCACUCUGUCCGAGCAGGACCUCCCAGGGGGCGGCGUUCCUGCAGAGCGCGCCUGCUCUCCGGCACUCAGUUCCCUGCAAUGGGUGGCAGAGAUUCUUCCCCAGAGUAUCAGGGUUGACGGCCGGACUUUUGGACAACAGCUGGAGCACCUGCUGACCAUCCAGGAGAGGUACACCAUCUGCAAGGCCCUAGAGAACUUCUUCCAGCACAGGAAUGUAGACACGCUGAUCGUGGAUGUGUUCCCAGUGCUGGAUACUCCAGCCAAACAGGUGAUCUGGCAGUUUGUUUACCAGCUGCUGACGUAUGAAGAACAGGAGCACUGCCAGAACAAGAUCUCCCUUUUUCUUGGAUACAAAGCACCAGUUCCACCACCACCACCACCACCUCCCCCUCCUCCGGAGCCUGAGCCUGCCCCUGAGCCCCAUCGCCGUAGCAGCUCCAUGAGGGUGACGGGGACCACGUACAGGAGCAGUGUGAGGGGACGUAGCUCUGAUGACCUGGUCAUUGGCACACACUUGGGCAUGGGCCUUCUAUCAGCAGGCCUGCGCACCGAGCCGGGACAGGACACGGGUAUGAGACUGGCUCCAGGAGAAAGACAAUCAGGAGACGGCACUUCUCUGCCCGAGACCCCCAACAACCUCACCAAUCUGUCAGCAGUGUAUGCUGAACUGGAAAACAUGUACUCAUCCAAGAGGUCCAAAUCCCUGAAGAGUCGUCCUCCUCCUGACCCAGAGACUUUACUGGACAUGGAUUCUCCGUCACAGCCAGAAUCUCCUACAAUAAAUGCAAACACAGGUAGUCAUAAAGGCCCUUCACCCCAUUCAUCCUGGCCAGAUCCUCUGCCCAGUCCACCUGCAUCCCAGUUCUACCCACCAGGGCUGACGAGCCAAACCAGCGGGGAGUCUAACCCCUACAUCAGCCUGGACAGUCCCCCUCCCUCACCUCCAGAACCAGAUUUCCCCUCCAGCCCACCUGUCUACCGCAACAACAAGCGGCGCUACACCUUCUCCAAACCUCCUCGUUCAGAAGACACAGAUCGCUUUUUGGAUGCCUUGAGUGAGCAGCUGGGACAGAAAAUGGCACUAGUGGACGACUUCCUGACCCCUGAGAAUGAUUAUGAAGAGAUGGGCUACCCAGAUGAGGAUGAGGAGGACAAUGACGAUGAGCUUGCGGUGGAUGAAGAUGAGAAUGGAGGAUUUGUGGCACCAGAGCUAAGCAGCCCAAGUGAUGUCCAAAGCAGCAGCGGAGAAGAGAAUGCCUCCUCCCUCACGUAUUCUUCUUCCUCUGAUCACAUUCCUCCACCACCUAUGUCACCUCCGCCACCCCCACCUGUUCAGUUCAAUGACCCACCUCCUCCCCCACCUCCACCUGCACAGAGUCAACCUCAGCACCAACAACAGCAGGAAUUACUUAGCCUUGCUCCUGAGCAGUUAAGAGGAUACCUGCCCAUCCGUAGGAAAUCUGGUCCUCCUCCACCUCCUCCUCCACGCAGUAAUCCACCACCAAAACGCCACUCCUUACAUAAAGUCCUUCCAACAAGAGAUGAUCUGCAGGUGCAUGCUACCAUACAGGAGCUCAAAGCAUACCAACAACAAGCUUACCAGGAAAGACAAGCAUUCGAGGAGCAGCAAGCGUACAAAGAGAGGCGGGCGUACGAAGAGCAAAAAGCCUUUGAGGAACAGCAACUUUUCCAGGAUCAACAAGAACAACAGGCUUGCAAGGAAAAGCUUUACAAAGAGAGACAAGCUUAUGAGGAGCAGAAAGUUUACGAAGUGCAAAAGGCUUUUGAGGAGCAACAAAUGUACCAAGAGCAGCAAGUCUACCAGGAACAAAAAGCACAUGAGCAGCAUCAAGCCUACAAUGAGCAGAAAGCCUUUCAAGAGCUUCAAGCCUACCAGGAACAGAAAGCCUACAAGGAGCGUAGAGCUUUUGAGGAGCGUCAAGCCUACGAGGAGCAACAAGCAUACCAGGAGCAACAGAUGCAGCAGAUCUACCAGAGCCACCAGUCGAUGCCUGUUCAACCAACACAGCAGAAAUCCCAUUCUCCUCUGCCCCUUCAACAGCCUCACCAGUCCUUACCUACCUUUCCUUCCCCAGACCCCACCCAUCCAAACGCCAGCCACCCAUUUUAUUUGGUGCGACAAGCCCAGCAGCAGCAGCAGCAGACGCGCCAGAGUCUUCACCACAGACGCUUGUCUCGUUCAGCUCCUCCCCCACAUCAGCCAUCACCACAGCAACCAAUCCAUUCCAGCCAACAAGGUCAGUACCCAGAGGGCAUCUACCAAAGUCAUCAGGGCAUAAGAACCCAACCCCAUCAUUCCUCCACAGAGAUGCUCCACCAGAUGCACCAAGCUCCAGCACAUCACUCAUCUGCUGAGGUGCUCCAGCAGAUGCAGCAAGCCCACACCCAGUUUUCCUCAUCAGAGAUGCUCCAUCAAAUACACAAAGCCAAAGCCCACCACUCCUCGACAGAGCUCUUACACCAAUCUCAUCAAAUGCAGCCUCACCACUCCUCAGCAGAACGUCUCCAUCAAACUCAGCAGAUGCAUCGAGGACAGCCCCACCACUCAUCAAGUGAGCUGCUCCAUCAGAUCUAUCAACCCAAACCCCAUCAUUCAUCUACAGAGCUUCUCCAUCAAGCCCACCAGAUGCACCAACCCAAGCCACAUCACUCCUCCUCUGAACUUCUGCACGAGGUUCAGCAUGAACCCACCUCCCUGCCAACUCAGAUUACCCGUGACAGCCAAACCCAUCAGAGUCGGAAGAGUCUUAAAGGUCAUCAUCAGACGGACAUGUCGCUGCAAGGAAGACACAAAGACCAGCAAAUCCAACAGAUGCACCACCCACAAGCCACCAAACCGUCUCCUCAGAGACCACACUCCAUCCAGCAGACCCACCAUCAUUCCAGUACUCCUCAUAUCCACCACAUCCACCACAUGAUCCCACAGCCCCCUCCCCAGGACUACCAGCACCAGAUUCAUGUCAUCCAUCCUCCUCAGCAGCCUCACAGGCCCCAGCCACUUCUUACAACUUUUCAGCCCCUCCAGCCCCCCCUCUCCAGCUUCCAGCCUCUGCCCCAACACCACCACUCACAGCAGCAGGUCCAGUCCUCCACCCAAACAGCUCGUCCACAGUCACAGCCCUCACACCACCUCCUACAGACCCAGCAACCACCACAGUCACAGCCUCACCACAAACAGUCCCAAACCCAGAGUCAGCCCCAACCCCUUUCUCACUCCAUCUCAGACCCCACAGAGCAUCUGGAGCCUCCUCCACCCCCGCCCCUACCACCCCCUUGCUCACCACCUCCACUGCCAAGACCUACCCUGUCCAGGAUGGACUCCCAUCACAUGAGUGUGAAGAGGCUUCGCUGGGAACAGGUGGAGAACUCAGAGGGGACUAUAUGGGGACAGUUGGGAGAAAAUUCUGACUAUGAUAAGCUGCACGACAUGGUGAAGUAUUUGGAUCUGGAGCUCCACUUUGGGACCCAGAAGGGCUCAUUGCCUGCUCCAGAGCCGUCGCUCCAGCAAGAGACUUUCAAGAAGAAAGACGUCAUAGAAAUCCUGUCCCAUAAGAAGGCUUACAAUGCCUCCAUCCUGAUUGCCCACCUGAAGCUUUCUCCCCGCGAGCUGCGUCAGAUCCUGAUGAGCAUGGCCUCCGACAGACUGGAACCGUCUCACAUCAGGCAGCUGCUGCUGUACGCACCUGAUGCAGAGGAGGUGAAAAAGUACGAGGAGUACCGAGAUGACCCCGGCAAGCUCAGUGAACCGGACCAGUUUGUGCUGCAGAUGUUAUCGGUACCAGAGUACCAGACCCGUCUGCAGAGCCUCCUCUUCAAGUGUUCCCUGCAGGAGAAGACAGAGGAGCUGAAGGGAGCACACGACUGUCUCAUUAAAGCCUCCAUCGAGCUGAAAGCCAGCAGGAAGCUAGCUAAGAUACUGGAGUUUGUGUUGGCGAUGGGAAACUACCUGAACAACAGCCAACCUAAAACCAACAAAACAACGGGAUUCAAAAUCAACUUCCUGACAGAGCUGAGCUCAACUAGAACGGUUGAUGGGAAGUCCACGUUCCUCCAUAUUCUGGUCAAAUCGUUGUGUCAGCAUUUUCCAGACGUGUUGGAUUUCUCCAAAGAUCUAACCAUGGUCCCUCUGGCAGCAAAAGUGAACCAGAAGACCAUCACAUCGGAUGUGAAUGACAUCCACACAACUAUCCAGGAAAUUCGCUCUGCUUGUCAAAAGAUGCCCGUGACAGCCGAGGAUCACUUUGCUGUCGUCAUGAGUAACUUCCUGGAAAACAGUCAUCCAGCCCUCCAGUCGCUGGAGUCGCUCCAACAGAGAGCCAUGGAAGAAUUCAGCAAAACUGCCUCGUACUUUGGAGAGGACGACAAGGCCACGACCACCGAGGCUUUCUUUGGUAUCUUUGCUGAGUUCAUCAACAAGUUUGAGAGAGCUCUCAGUGAUCAACACAGCACGGAAAACCCAAAGAGUCCUAGGAGUCCACGUAUGGCAUCACCUCUGGCUUGGUAACACACACGCACACACGCACGCACGCACGCACGCACGCACACACACACACACACACACACACACACAAAUAUGCAUUUUAGGUGCAAUACCUGACAAAUAAGCUACAUGUUGGUGUCGAUUCUCAGUCAUCCAGUUCACUUUACCCCGAUUCAAGCACUUGGUAUUCUUGAGGUUUUCCAUGAACAGAAAAAUGAUGUUAAAGGUGUAAACUUUAGGUCUAUUUCUGUGUUUUAUGUCUCAGCUGUAUGAUUAUAGUAUCAAAUCAAUCAACAGAAAUCAAUUUAUUUUAUUUUCGGUCCAUCCUUACAGAUGGUUUAAGGUUUAUUUCUCUAUUCCUAUUUAGUGCGGUACGAUGGUUAUGCAUUAAAGUAUUUGUGGAACUUAGAGACAUAGAUACAUAUUUAACGUUAAAACGGAUAAACACCUUAACUAAAACAUGUUUAUGCACAUUUUGUGGUUAAAGAAUAAAACUACAGGAAGCUGUUUGUUACUUUUCCUGGACUCCCACCACGAUGAAUGUACCGUAGGUUGUUUAAGGCGUGUUGACAUGAGCCAGUUAUCUCCUCCUGUCCUGAAAACAGACCGUUUUAGUCACUAGAACAGUUUCCUUCUUUCUGUGUUUGCAGACUUUUCUGAUUUGUGCUCUAGUCUGAUAUGUGUUUAACUCCAGCUCCAGCUAUGAGCAGGCUGGAUGUCCCAGUGAGCAGAACUGCAUUUAUCAUGUGAAUGGUAGAUAUGGCACUCAUUAAAGUGUAACUGAGAUAUAUUGUUGCAUCUGUACAGAAUGGGAUAGUGUAAAGAACAUAUGAGAAAUCUGUUUUUUCUUUCAUUUUGUUGUAUUAGAGCAGAUUUUAUUGUUUAGUUUGGGCUGAGCGGACAGCAAUAACUCUAAAAUGAUCAUGUAGCAGAUUUAAUAAUACCACAUCAUGCUGUAGUCUCUCUGAUACGUCUGUAAAACUAUUAUAAUAAGCUGUGACUCUUGUAAGCUUUAUUUUUAAUGUAAAACUGAUAUGUUUGUUUAAAUUACAGAAUGUAACAUUGAAUCAUCAAGUCUGCAUUUUUUAUUGUAACAAAUUCUGACAAAUAUAAAGGGUUGCAUUAAGUUGGUUUUUGCCUUUUUAUUUAUAAUUAUUUUAAUAAUCCUACAAAAAUGCGUCUUUAGCACGUAGGCUGCAGCUCUUUUAUCAUGUGAUUACGCACCUG